AUGUCGGAAGCAGACACAUCACCGCCAGCCACAAAGCAAGAUAAAGUCUCUACGGCUGUUGCGCCUUCGACAGCCGCUGCUCCUCCGACCGGUAAGCAGCAAGACAUUGGCGUCUUGUCUCGAGACAAUCAUGUCCCCGCGGCCAAAUUCGUCUUGACAGAGAAGGCACUCGAUGACGCUCUGAACGACAUGUGGGCCAACAAUGCCAAUGCUAUCUCGCACUGCUACUCGAACACGGAUGCACUCAAGGUCGAUUUCACACGUACGGGCAAGAGGAGUAUUUUUGGCAUGAUCAACGAUGCAACCAAUUCUGUCUACCGGAUGGUCCAGGGAGCCGUCACCGACUUCUUCCGUCAAACCGUGCUCGACUUCACCUACGGCUCGAUCGGUUUGCACGGCCUCGAACGCUACUACGACGAUCUCAACAGCCGUGACCCUUCCGAGUCGAUCCGUCUGGCUCGCGUGCGCGCCUCUGCCAUCGAGAGCUGCCGUCGCGAAGUCGUGCCUGAAUCAGAGGAGCUGCUCGGAGGCUGGACGCUCUGUUCGCCACUGCAAGCGAAUACAGUGGAAGCGCUCAAGCUCGAAGAGAAGGUGGCACUGCUUACGCCCAAAGCGCUCUACGUCUGCAGUUACGACUUUGGAAGUGAGAAGCUCAAUGAGUUUACCAAGGUGCUCGUGGGUGAUAUCGUGGGCAUUCAGCAAGGUCUAUAUGUGACGUCUCCACACGAGUCAUCGCAUCCAGAUGACAACUGGGGCUUUGUCGUAACGUACCUCAACUCCGUCUCGAGGAGCAACACCACCGCCUCGAUCAAGAACAUCUCCACCACCGCCGCCGCUGCCACCGCCGCUGCCGAGUCCGCACAGCGCAUCUUUGCAUUCCGCGCCAUUUCGGACGACAUCGACGAUCCAUCUGCCCUUGCCAACACAAACACCACUCCUCGUUCUCGGCACCUCCAUCACACGGUCAAGGCUACUUCUGGCCAGACUCGGGCCCUUGGCAAAAACGCAGAGGCGGACGAGGACGACGAUGACGAGGAAGAGGGCGGCAUUUCAUCCAAGAAAAGAGUGGCGAGGAUUGUGGAUCUGCUUCUCGAAUGCUGUCUUGACGCGGGAACGUAUGAUCCCGAGGAGGAGGAUGCUGACCAGCCGUUCCUCACGCACAAGACCAUCCAAAGUCUCGACGAAGCCAAGGCCAUGAUGCCUCUAUUUGGUCCUCUGAUCGAAGGCUUGAAGCGCCGCCUUUGGCUCUAA